GCCCUGGCCGGGCACUCCUGUCUUCUGCACCCGGCUAGCAGUUAGGACGACCAUGGCUACCGGCCACCGCCUCCUGCUGGAGAACGCGCGGCAAGUGGUGCUGGUGUGCGCCCGCGGCGAGCGCUUCCUGACCGGGCCCGCGCUGCGCAGCCUGGCCGUGCUGGAGGGUGCCAGCCUGGUGGUGGGCUCGGAUGGGUUUAUAAAAGCUAUUGGCCCUGCGGACGUUAUCCAAAGACAGUUUUCCGGAGAAACUUUUGAAGAAAGAAUUGACUGCUCUGGGAAAUGCGUCUUACCAGGACUGGUGGACGCGCACACACACCCCGUGUGGGCUGGCGAAAGGGUCCAUGAGUUUGCCAUGAAGUUGGCAGGAGCCACUUACAUGGACAUUCACCAGGCCGGAGGAGGGAUCAACUUCACGGUGGAGCACUCUCGCCAGGCCUCGGAGGAGGAACUCUUCCGCUCCUUCCGGCAGCGGCUGCAGUGCAUGAUGAGGGCCGGCACCACGCUGGUGGAGUGCAAGAGCGGAUACGGCCUCAACCUGGAGACGGAGCUCAAGAUGCUGCGCGUAAUCGAGCGCGCCCGGCGGGAGCUGCCCCUGGGCCUCUCUGCCACUUACUGCGGGGCUCACUCAGUCCCCAAAGGGAAAACUGCCAUUGAGGCCACUGAUGACAUCAUCAAUAAUCACCUGCCAAGGCUGAAGGAACUCAGCAGAAAUGGGGACCUACACAUUGACAACAUAGACGUGUUCUGUGAGAAGGGUGUCUUUGAUCUGGAUACCACCCGAAGGAUUCUUGAGGGUGGAAAAAAGAUGGGGUUACAGAUCAACUUCCACGGGGAUGAACUCCACCCAAUGAAGGCCGCGGAGCUUGGGGCUGAACUGGGAGCACAGGCCAUCAGUCACCUGGAGGAAGUAAGCGACGAAGGCAUCGCUGCCAUGGCUGCGGCUAAGUGUUCCGCUGUCCUUCUGCCUACCACGGCCUACAUGCUGAGGUUGAAGCAGCCUCGAGCCAGGAAGAUGCUCGAGGAGGGAGUCAUAGUUGCCCUGGGCAGCGAUUUCAACCCCAAUGCCUACUGCUUUUCAAUGCCGAUGGUCAUGCACCUGGCCUGUGUGAACAUGAGAAUGUCCAUGCCCGAGGCCUUGGCCGCUGCCACCAUCAAUGCAGCUUACGCGCUGGGGAAGUCUCACACACACGGAUCUUUGGAAGUUGGCAAGCAGGGGGAUGUCAUCAUCAUCAAUGCAUCCAGAUGGGAACAUUUGAUUUACCAGUUCGGAGGCCAUCACGAAUUAAUUGACUAUGUUAUAGCUAAAGGAAAAGUCAUCUACAAAAAGUGACAGAGCUGGACCAGUGAGAUAGCUCAGUGGGUAAAGUCUCCUGUCAGCAAGCCUGCCGACCGGAGUUGGAUCCCUGGGACUCACAUUGUGGGAGGAGAGAUCUCCUAGGAGUUACUCUCUGACCUCCAGAAGCUCACUGUGGUGUGUACCUGACUCCUCCGCUCCCCACGACGCUGCCACGUAAAUAAAUGUAAUAAGAUAAGAAUGUAUUCUAAUAAUGAUAGGUCUGGAAGGAAAGAGAAGACACGUUCUCUGUAUCAACUAAACCCCCAUAAGUUGAAGCACUUCCGUAGCUUGCCAGAACCCACGUCACUUCAACCUAAUCGUAUGUCAUGCCCUUCUGUUAGCUUGGAAACUCAAGGGGUUAGCUUAUUUGACUUGAACGUGUGUGCCUGGAUGUGUAAACAGGCAAACCUAUUGGGAUGCAAUGUAGAGUCGUUUCUCCAAGGCUGGCUACAGAUAUUCUGGGGUGGGUAUGAUGAGAUAGCUCUGCUCCUCUGUGGAGAAACACACUUGUCCUGAGAGUUCUGUUUUGUGUUUGAAAGUGAUCUGCCCCAAUGAGGCCAACGGGACCAUUUCCUCAGAAACAAACAGAAUCUUCUCUCCCUACAGUUUGUCUUUUGAGAUGCUUUCUAGUCUGGGGCAGAGGUGGCCUUCCAUUUUUAACAUCUUGUCAGCCUUUGGAAUGAAGCUUCACCACAGAGUUCAACACUUGAUAUCUUGCACAGACAUGAAAAAUCUCCUAUAUGGCCGGGCAGUGGUGGCGCACGCCUUUAAUCCCAGCACUCAGGAGGCAGAGGCAGAGGCAGGCGGAUCUCUGUGAGUUCGAGACCAGCCUGGUCUACAAGAGCUAGUUCCAGGACAGGCUCCAAAACCACAGAGAAACCCUGUCUCGAAAAACCAAAAAAAAAAAAACAAAACAAAACAAAACAAAACAAAACAAAACAAAAAAUCUCCUAUAUGAAUGCAUUUUGAUUAACACCGACAAAGUAGCUUUAAAAAAAAAAAUCUUCCCGCUAAAGCCUUUUCCUAUCACAAAGCCAUGGAAAAGGUUUUAUCGUAUAAAUAUUGCCACCAUUGCUCCUGCAGCCCCGGAAGUAGUACAGCAGUGUUGUCGGCAGCGUGUUUGGAUUUCAAAGAACAAAUCACAGAAUCAUUUGCAGAAUGAUUAUUUGCGUAAAGUGGUAUUUCUCACGCCACAUCGGCUUACUUGGGAACCUGUAAAACUGUUUCCGAGAUCUUUGUGAUGGUAGCGUUAUCGAACACUGUCCACUUUACAAAGUAGUGAUUUCACAAAUAAACAUUAGUUGCCAAACCAUC